CCAAGGGGAAAGGCUGGAGAAAUAAUAUUUUCAAUACUAAUUUCUUUUCCUAUCUUGGAUUGAAGCCUAUAACCAAACGGUUUACUAACGUUCUUACCUUUAAGAUAAUCGAACUGCCAACAUGGUUUGAUACGUGUUAUUAAUGGGUGAUUACUAUGUCUUUCUAUAUUUUGUCUGUACUUGCUUGAUAACAUUUGCCUUCUUAAAUUUAAAGGAGGUUCUCCCAUUUCCACCUGCAGAGAAACUAGCGAUGUCAACGGCAGCCCGCCAGCACAUAUUCUGAGUGCUUGAUAUUGCACCGAGUCUAACAACUUUUUUGUAGUUACUGGAGCACUAUCAUAAGCUUGACAACCAUAAUCAAAAAUUGAUCUAAUAAUUGCCCUGUAAACCAUGAGUAAGGACUUAGAUGAACUUCCCCAUUUAGUUCCUGUUAAACUUCGCAAUAUAUUUAGUUUCCUUUUACUUCUUGAAACUACGUUCUCUAUAUGGGGAAGCCAAGACAAUUUACUAUCAAAUAUCAUUCCUAGGAAACGGUGAUUAUUUUUAUAAGUGAGUAUACUCCCUUCAAACUUGACUGUUGGAGGUGUAACGUUUGUAAGCUUAGUGAAAAAUACCGGAACAGUCUUCUCAAAAGAAAAAUUGAAUCCCCAGUCUUUAAACCAGGUACAUAAUAUAUCUAGAUAAGUUUGUAUCCUUAAUCUAAUAUUCUCUACAUUUUUUCCAGAAAACCAUAUUGCACAAUCAUCAGCAUAUAUGGAUAUUGUCACUUCAGGAUCAAUUGGAAUAUCUCUCAUCAUGACAUUAUAUAAAAGGGUGCUCAGAACACUCCCCUGGGGGAGUCCGUUAUGGAUUUGGAAUGUUCUGGAUUCAGUAUUUGUAACUCUUACCUGAAAGAAAUAUUUUCAGCCUGGACGAUCCCUUUAAGGUGAAACUAACUGGACAACACUUCUGAUGAUUUUGUUGAUUUGCAACAGUUUAACCCAACUCAAGUGAACAUUUCUGUAUCGAUUGAGCGGUAAAUUGUGAAAGAAAAUAGGCCUGCAAACUAUGUCGAAUGCGGUCAGAGGAGACAAACGUGUGAGUAUUCGCGAUUGCCAGACCCAGACAUAUACUCAGACCGAUUUGGACCAGGCAGUUGAAGAGAAUGAGAAAAACCACCAGAAAGAGCCGGAGGCGUCCGUGACAAGGUCUCCUACAGGAGGAGAAGAUUAUGCGUUUGAGGAAGAUCAGCCAUUGCCGAGUUGCACCAGAACAGAACAGCUCAAGAAGGUGAAACCACAAAAUGAGCAGUCAACGGGUACACAAGUAUCAACUCGGCCUAAAGACUGUGCGACACGUUGUCCAGAUCCUGGUGGUCCAGGGACAGGGGGAAGUCCAGACAAAGAUGAAGACAAAAAAUCCGGGAACUUUGCUUCGUAUGCUCUCAAAUUCGCCGCAGGAGCAGCGGUCCUUGGUAUUGGAUCCUUCAUAGCAGCACCUGUGGUACUCACCGGAAUGGGCUUCACUGCAGCUGGUAUACAAGCCGGUUCUAUUGGUGCAUACCUGAUGUCAGCAUCUGCAAUUGCAAAUGGAGGUGGGGUCGCUGCAGGAAGUGCCGUUGCCUUACUUCAAUCCGCAGGAGCGGCGGGUGGAAUAGCUGCUACCACCUGCGCUGGCAUAGGAAUCGGGGGUGCGGCCGCUAUCACGGGUUUGGUGGCAACAGGGGAGGUUGUCGUAGGCGCUGUGAGGUACAAGGUGAAGCAACAUAACAGCCCUAAAACAAAGGAGGUUGGAACCCAGACAGACCCUAACCAAGAUUGAAUUCUGCCACAUCCUUUGGAAGAAUGCUACAUGUAAUCCAUUGAUAUCAAUCUUCAUUCCAGAAAGUAAAUAAGAUUCUGUUUCUGUUUCUCUUCAUGGUAACUCCCGUAGGAACUAGGCAGGGCAGCUUCUUGCUGGCUAUCGCCUGGCUGAUUAGAUAAACAACUAACUACAUGUACCAUUGUACCUAGGAAACAUUCUACUUCUAGUUUAAUCAGUCAUAGUGGUUGCCGUUAUAGACGUCAGAUAUGCUCUUGGGCCUUUUUAUCAAAGUGGGGACAACGGCAGAGUGGGGUUUCGAACUCACAACCUUGCGAUAAUGAGUCCAAUGAUCUAACCACUGGACCAUUGCUUUAGCAAUUAUAAUUCAAUUUAGAUAUCUGUAUCCCUCUGCAAUGACUCUAAAGAUCUGUUUAUCAUUGUGCCCUGCAAAAGGAAAUAAGCAACAAGCAAAUCAGUUUUUAGCGACUUAUUAUUUCAAAUGUUACAAGAAACGUUUCAUUUAAGUCUUGAACACCUCCCAGAGCAAAGAGACACCGCAUUUACUUCAUUGCUAAUAAUUUUUCGAUCUUCAGCAGGAACUAGCAUUUUAAGUAUUACCAACCCCUCUCCCGUAAAGGCGAUGAUAGACAUUCAGUGCAGUAUUACUGCUCUUAUUGAAUAAAGUCUUAUAUAGCGGGGUAUUUUUUACCCUUUCCUUUCAUUUCGAUAAAAAAAAUUUUUAUCAUACUGUACUAGCACGGACUGUACCCUAUGUACAAAGAGAUCUAAGAAUGCAAAAACUGUUGAAAUUACAAGCAAAACAUUCCAUCCCCUCUGACCAUUAAUGAUUACUAAAGAUAUAUGUCGUAAUAUUGGAAGUGACCAUAUACUUAUAUUUUCCCCUUUUUCUCGGAUUCAACUAAAUAUUUGUAUGGUGGGAUAUAUAUACAUUUUUUUAAGAUAAAGUGACAGUAAUCGUUCGCUUCUUUCAUCUCGCUUUUUUUUUGUCUCGCAUGAACGAAAUUUAUGAGGUCAUGUCCAUCCUUUUGUGAAAUUUUUGUUCAACUAGGUCUCAUUUCUUUAUUUCUUUAUCAAUUAUGUUCACACUUGUGUUGUCUAUAGGGUGAUUGGGUCAUCGGUCAUAUAAGCUUCAAUGGUCAAGUUUUUGUUCAAAUCGCUCUCAUUUCUUAUUUCUGCAUUGAUUGUUUAUACUUGAUUCAUACGAUCCUUGUGUAAUAGUCUAUGAAGAUGAUUGCGUCAGAGGCAAUCUCGGGGUCAAAGGGUCAUUUUGUUUUAAUUGCUCUCAUUUCUUUAUUUCUUCAUCAAUUGUGUUUGCGCAUGGAGAGCGCACGCUGCCAAUCUCUGGUGCAAUAUUUUUGAAAUAUGAAUCAAAUUUAUGCGACUGACCGGAUCGAUAUCAUCUGACUCUUUGAAGUCAUUUUCGCUCCAUGACGUAAGGACGGUUCAUUAAUACAGAAAACAUAUUGUCAACGCCGUUAAUGACAAAAAAAAAUCUUUUUUUUAAAGUUGGUGAAUUAGAAGAACUGUUUCGUCCCCGACUCUGGGCAAAUGAUGUAAUACGAAAAUAUUAUUGCAAAACUUUCGCCAGCUCCAAAACCUACGACGAAACUGCCGUUCUGGUUCAUCAGAUUUUUACAAAGACCUAAAAGCUAUUUAUUGUCACAUGACAUGCAUUUAAAUACAUGCUUUUCAUACUGCACUUUUUUUCCUUAACCCCAGGAAAUUGGUGGGGCUAAGGGGGGGGGGGCUAAGCCCCACCAAUUUCCCGGGGUUAAGCUUAGCCCACUUCGUUUUCACACUACGUUUUAGCAAAGUGUGCUAGCACGGUAAAUAGUACGGUACUAUCUGGCCCUACAGAAAAGCUGGGUUAGCCGGCUGCUAGCACCACAAUGGCGGUGCUAAGAGAUGCAGUGUGAAACGAAAUGUGGCUAAGGAAAAGUGGGGCUAAGCAUUAGCCAAUCACAGAAGUCAAAAUUGCAAGUUAAUCGCGCUCUAUAUGGUAAAAUCAUCAAUAUUCAUGAGCUGUAUGAUAGUCCGGGGUUAAGGCGUUAACCACGGCUAAGCAAAUAGUUUGGGGUUAAGAAAGA